GUAUACUUGCUCCCUCCCCCCCCCUUCUCCCCUUCUCUCUUCUCUUGUAUCCUCUCUCUUUCGCAAGCUCAGUGCAGGAGCACUGUAAGCUAUCUAUUAUCCAUUAUCAAAUCUUCUUUUUGUUGCAACAAGGUCGCUUGCUUGCUUGUGUUUGUUCCUCUAGAGCGCAUGUGGUCCUGGCGUGUGCUUAGAUUGGUGUAUCUGCGCAUCGAUGCAUGGGAAGCAACUGAGAAAGUAUCAUAUGCUCCUUUCUAUAUGUGA